GGGCCCGGAGUCGGCAUGAAUCGCUGCUGGGCGCUCUUCCUGUCUCUCUGCUGCUACCUGCGUCUGGUCAGCGCCGAGGGGGACCCCAUUCCCGAGGAGCUCUACGAGAUGCUGAGUGACCACUCGAUCCGCUCCUUUGACGACCUCCAGCGCCUGCUGCACGGAGCCUCCGUAGAUGAAGACGGGGCCGAGUUGGACCUGAAUUUGACCCGAUCCCAUUCUGGAGGCGAGCUGGAGAGCUUAUCCCGAGGGAGAAGGAGCCUAGGUUCGACGGUCGCCGAGCCGGCCAUGAUCGCCGAGUGCAAGACGCGCACUGAAGUGUUUGAGAUCUCGCGGCGCCUCAUCGACCACACCAACGCCAACUUCCUGGUGUGGCCGCCGUGCGUGGAGGUGCAGCGCUGCUCGGGCUGCUGUAACAACCGCAACGUGCAGUGCCGCCCCACCCAGGUGCAGCUGCGGCCCGUCCAGGUGAGAAAAAUCGAGAUUGUACGGAAGAAGCCAACCUUUAAGAAGGCCACGGUGACCCUGGAGGACCACCUGGCGUGCAAGUGUGAGACAGUGGUGGCUACUCGACCCGUGACCCGAAGCCCGGGGAGUAGCCAAGAGCAGCGAGCAGCCAGGACACCCCAAACUCGGGUGGCCAUUCGGACAGUGCGAGUCCGCCGGCCCCCCAAGGGGAAGCACCGGAAGUUCAAGCACACGCAUGACAAGAAGGCACUGAAGGAGACCCUCGGAGCCUAGGGGCAUCUGCAGGAGAGUGUGGGCAGGGUUAUUUAAUAUGGUAUUUGCUGUAUCGCCCCCAUGGGGUCCUUGGAGUGAUAAUAUUGUUCCCCUCGUCCGUCUGUCUCGAUGCCUGAUUCGGACGGCCAAUGGUGCUUACCCCUUCUGCGCGUCCGUCCACCCACCAGCGGGUCCCCUCAUUGGCCUCCAGCACCUUGCCCGGAAGCUCGAGAAGGAAACGGAGGACCUGAACUCCAUUGCUGUCUUCCUCCACCGACUCCGAGAAUCUGGGAUAGAAGCGCAAGAGAGACCAGUGGGCCCGCUGUUCCCCGGCUCCCAGCCAGGGUCACACCUCAGCGCUGUGGACCAGCCCAAAGCCCUGCACAAGGCUCUGAGGCCCUCUAGGCAUGGGUGGCCUGCCUGGUCCCAGGACCCCUGGCCAGCUCUGAAGGGAACCCCCCAGGCAGGCCAGGGUACCUCGUACUCCUGUGGCUGAGACCACGCAGGGGAGCACAGACUCGAGAAAAGCCCUCCCACGGCGCCCAGGUCCAGUCACUUCUCCCUGGUCACCUCUGCUUACAGCGGCUUCCUUUUGUUUUAUACAUAUGAGAUCUCUGACGGUAUGGACUCCUCUGGGUGGGCGUGGCCCAAGCACCAGGCAGCCAAGUGCCCCCUCAGAUGGGUUAGAGAUGAAGUUUGCUCUGGAGCCGACGUGGCUGGUGACCUGGGCAUUCACUGCCUCCUUCCACUUCCCCCACCUUCAUUUCCUCUGUUUUAUCUCUCUACCUCCACCCUGUGUCUUCCUCUUGUCCUGGCCCUCAGUCUGCUCCACCAAGGGACUCUUGGACCCCAUACUUCUGCUCCAUUAGGCAGAAGACCAGGGGUCAGGGCAGCAGGGGGCCUGCCCAUCAUGUCCCAGCCCAGCCAAGACUGCCAAGUAGGUUUGUGCAGGGUGUGCACUGCACAAGGGCACUGCCUGCAGGGAUCAUUGUUCACACUGUAGAACGUGGCCAAUUUGUGUAUUUAUCAGGACAGUUAUCUGGCAGAUGGAGAUAAAAAUGUAUGGAGAAAGGGAUCCUUUUCCUAACUGACACAAAGGCUCCACGUGGACUGGCUGUGCCCCGACCUGGCCAAUGGCUUGGAGUGCUUGGACAGGAGCGAGCCCGUGUUGGGUGGGGAGGCAACACUGUUGUCCAUCCGGCCUCUGUUUUCCUGAGUCCUCAGCUCAAGCAGUUCCCCUUUCCAGGCGGGUGUGAAAAACCCAAGAGAAAGUCUCCAAGGGAGGGGGCAGUCCUUGCUCUCUCCCUGCCCACCUCCCCCCGUAUUAGAUUCUUUUGAGUUCCACUUCUGGUGGCUCCUCCCAGGAAACCAUCUCAUGGGCUGGGAAUGGGGGAGAAAAGGGAAAAGAUGCCCAGGGCUCCCUGGGGUGGGGUCUGAGC